AUGGUCUACUACUUUACGUCCGACGUCGUCGACCCUCCGGGCUUCGUCUAUGUCGGCAAGGACAAGUUUGAGAACGAGGACUUGAUCAAGUUUGGUUGGGAGCAAGAUGUCUGCGCCCACAUAUACCUCCGCAUGCAGGACGGUCAAUCAUGGGACGCGCUGCCCGAAGCCCUCGUCGCCGACCUUGCCCAGCUGACAAAGGCAAACUCCAUCGAAGGUAACAAAAAGGACAACAUCACCGUCAUAUUCACGCCCUGGUCCAACCUUAAAAAAGAUGGAAGCAUGGAAGUCGGCCAAGUCAGCUUCAAGGAUCAGCGAAAGGUCAAGCGCGUACUCGUCGUCCAGCGCGAAAACCCCAUCGUCAACCGUCUCAACAAGACCAGGGUCGAGAAGAAGCCCGAUCUGAAACAGGAGCGGGACGAUCACCUGAUGGAGUUGCGGAGGAGAGACCAGGCAGCACAGCAGCAACGAAAAAAAGAAGAGGCCCGCCAGGCGCAGGAGUGGAAGGAAAAGAAGUGGCAAAAGGACCACGCCUAUGAUGACAUCUUCACUGAAGAAAACAUGGCUUCGACGAGUAACCAGGACAGAGACGCUGAUUGGGAGGACGAUUUCAUGUAA